AUGGCUCCCUCCACGCCUUUUCUCCUUGCUCUGGCACUCGGAGCGGCUUCCCAGGCUACCGCAGCCUCGCGGACGGUCCCCGUCGCAGCGACGACUGUGCCGUCGGCCAAUGCGAUGGCCAACGCCCCGUUUUUCGCCAGUGAAACCCACCAACUGACGGAUGAGGUGCUGGCUUGCCUGCAGCCAGUCCUGGGGAAUGCCACGGCCCUGUUCGAGUUUGGCAGCAAUUCUUCGGCACAGUCCCUACCGGCCCCCGGAGAGUGCAAGGUGUUGCCUGGCGAUGCGGCCUGGCCGUCCCCAUCCACCUGGUCGCUAUUCGAUCAACUGCUCGGCGGUGCCCUGAUCCAGACCGUCCCGCUGGCCGCAGCGUGCUAUCCGUCCUGGCCCGAGUACAACCAAGCCGAGUGCCAAUCGGUGACAGACGAUUGGACGGUCUCUUAUCUGCAACGAGCCAGCGCGGCGGAUCCGGCGUCGGUGAUGUGGCCGCUGUUCGAGGGCCGCAGUUGCCUGCCGCGCCAUCUGACGUCGGGGAACUGCACCCUCGGGGGCUACAGCAGUUAUGCCGUGAAUGUGAGCACGGUCGCCCAGAUCCAGCUGGCGGUCAAUUUCGCUCGUGAUGCGAACCUGCGGCUGGUCGCGAAAAACACCGGCCAUGACUUCAAUGGCAAGUCCACCGGGGCCGGAGCCCUGGGCGUCUGGACCCAUCAUCUCAAGGACAUCGUCUACUACGAGGACUACCAUGUCGGCAACUACAGUGGGCCUGCCGUGAAAAUGGGCGCCGGUGUCCAGGCCUUUGAGAUCUAUGAAAAGGCCAACGAGUUGGGAUUCACUGCCGUAGGGGGCGAGGGCAAGACCGUCGGCGUGGCGGGGGGAUACGUCCUCGGAGGUGGCCACUCGCCCAUGUCGAGUGUGUAUGGACUCGCUGCGGAUCAGGCAUUGGCGCUCGAGGUCGUCCUAGCCAACGGUCGCUUCGUGACCGUCACGCAGCAGUCCGAUCCCGACUUGUUUUGGGCCCUCCGCGGCGGCGGUGGAGGCACCUACGGCAUUGUCACGUCCAUCAUCUCGCGGGUGCAUCCCAAGGUGCCGGUGACCGUGUCAACCUUCUCCUUCACCACCAGCGCCAAUGUAUCGGCUGACGCCUUCUGGGCCGGCGUACGCGCCUACCUCGAGCGCUUCCCCGCCAACGCCGACGCGGGCACCUAUGCCUACUUCUGGGUCUUGACGACGGGCACCGAUGCCUUCGAGUUCCUCAUGAACCCCUACUUUGCCGUCAAUCACACUGUGGCCGAGUUCAACGCCCUGAUGGCCCCCUGGUUUACCGAGCUGGACCGCCUGGGCAUCACCUUCACGCCCAACACCACCUACCACGACAACUUCUACGAUGCCUGGGAGGCCGGCUUCCCGCUGGAAACCGUGGGAUCGGUGACCAUGAUGACCGGCUCGCGGCUGUUCCCGCGCAUCAAUUUCGAGGACCCCGCGCGGUUCAACCAGACCGUGGCGGCCCUUCGGUCGACCGUCUCGGCGGGCUAUCCCCUGCUGGCCUUCAACCUCAAGGCCGACCUGCCCGCGGGCUAUGCGGAGAGCUCCGCCAACCCGGCCUUCCGCCAGACGCUCAUGCACGCCAUCAGCUCGACCAGCUGGGCCAGCAACACCAGUGAUGCCACGAUCCUGCAGGAUAUGAAGUACUUUACGUACGACAUCCUGGGCGAGUGGCGACGGACCUGCCCUGAAGCGGGGGCCUACAUGUCUGAGGCAGAUGUCAUGGAGCCCAACUUCCAGCGGGCGUUCUAUGGGUCGUACUACGAUCGUCUGUACGCCCUCAAGCAGCGGUAUGAUCCUACGGGACUGUUCUAUUCUCCGACAGCCGUGAGCAGUGAGAACUGGCAGGUGGGGAGUCUGGAUGGGUUGCCGGACCAGAAUGGCCGGUUGUGUCGGGUUAUCCCAUAG